AUGUAUUGUUGUUUUCCGUGCCGCUUCCACUCUUGGGACGAGCCAUCGUCGCCUGCGGCCCCAAAAUGGUCACCGCCCGAGGGCGACGUUCGCGCCAUCUUCUCCCUCCACAAAUUCCGCUCGGAUGACAAAGAUGUUUUAGAUGAAGAUGGCCUCCGCCGCUGCCUCGGCGCCUACCAACAAGGAGGCAAACGAGGACUCGACGACGAUGACACCAACGACGUGGAACGUCUGCUUGAGCAGAUCCGCAGCACCCGCGACGGCCCACGCAUCCUGCGCCAGCAGCUCUUCACCUUCGACGACUUCCACCGCAUCCUCUUCUCCCACGAUGUCAACCCGCCCAUCCGGCACCGGCGUGUCCACCAUGACAUGACGCUGCCUCUCUCCCACUACUUCAUCUACUCGGUCCACAACCCCUACUACGCAACGGCGGCAGACCAAUGGCUCUGCAGCAGCCACGGCCGCAGUGAUGAACCCAUCAUCAGGGCGCUCAAGAUGGGGGUAAGGGCCAUCGAGGUCGCCAUGUGGCCCAAUUCAAAAGCGGAUGACAUCAAAAUCCACCAUGGCUGGACACAGAACACCCGGGUUUUACUAACUGAGUGCUUGAAAUCCAUCAAAGAAUACGCCUUUAUUGCAUCUCGUUAUCCUGUUAUCAUUACGCUUGAAGACAACCUACAAUCGUCUAACCUCCAGAAAAAAGCUGCCAAGGUUUUCCUUGAUGUACUUGGCGACGUACUGUACUGGCCUCAUGCCGAUUACAUUGACGUACGUGGCAACGCUUACAGUAAUAAUAAACCCCUCAAAGAUUUCCCUUCGCCUGACGAGCUCAUGGGUGCUGUACUCCUCUCGACAAAGCCCCCAAGCCAUCUAGAGGUUGAUGUGUCAGAGGACGAUGACGAUCAGCUUCAUGUUCACAAAGGAGCUGACGACAAGGAUGCAGCAUGGGGGCCAGAAGUACCGUUUUUUCAGACUGAAAAAAUCCAGUCUGAUCAUCAGAAGGUUCACACAGAGAAACUUACUGUGGAUAUACCCAAGUGUCUCCAUCAAGGGCUACCAAAGGCCACUCGCGUUACUUCAUCCAACUACAAUCCAUUUCUCGGCUGGGUGCAUGGUGCUCAAAUGGUGGCCCUGGAUAUGCAGGAAUAUGGAAGAGCCCUUUGGCUAAUGCAUGGAUUUUACAGAGCCAAUGGUGGCUGUGGCUACGUGAGGAAACCAGACUUCCUAAUAAUGCAAACAGAGCCAGAAGUUUUUGAUCCAAGGAAACACCUACCUGUGAAGAAGACCUUGAAGGUCAAAGUAUACAUGGGCGAUGGUUGGCUGACGGACUUUAAGCACGCACACACGUCGUUCAUUCCAGAUUUGUCGACGUCGGUUGGGAUAGCCGGAGUUCCUGCAGACACUACGGCGAUGAAGAACACCAAGGCCACGGAGAAUACUUGGGUUCCGGUGCACCAGUAUGACGUGUCCGAGAAAGACGUCUUCGGCGGGCAGACCGUGCUGCCGGUGUCGGAGCUGCGGCCGGGCAUCCGAGCGGUGGCGCUCUUCGACCGCCAGGGGAACAGGUUCGACAACGUCAGGCUCCUCAUGGGCUUUGACUUUGUUUGA